CGGGCGGGUGGGGAAAUGCGGCUCAUUGUUGGUUUUGACCGACACUCAAAGCGAAGACCAAAAACGCGUUAUCACCACCGUGGCGGCGGAGGGCGUGUGCCACAUUGCGUGCCUGAGCUCGAGUCACGUCUCUCCUUGCCAAGCACAUACUCCAAGUGCGCCCCUUGGUCGACACUGGCUACAUACGCGCACACCUACUUCACUUGCUCACUCGUGUUGGACUCGCCUGCGCACCGAGUGCCAUCCCCUCUGCCUUGACCUGAGUACGUUCGCACCCGUCCGAGUCAACGCCCUGCAAACGUUGGCCGCCGACCUGAUAGGCUCACAUUAACCCGAUGAAGGGUGGGGACAAACGUGAGGAUGGUCCACUUGCGGUCCAAUGUCCACACCUGCCUUGUCUCCCUUGCCCACCAUACUCAUCUCACUUGAAGUCCCCGCCGCUGCCCACCAGACACAAACUCGCUGCUGGCGCCUGCCCUGACUCGCACCCCCGUCCAUGACCGACGACACACGGCCGUCUCCCUCGGCGCGCUCGCGCUCGCACCCGCGCUCGCCAUCCGGCUCGCGCACCCCGGACGCCCACCCUAGCCCUGCUGCGGCCAGCGAAGAUUUGCACGAGCAGGCACUCCUUGCUGCCUCGCAUGAAGAUCUCGUCCGCGUCAUCCGCGUCAUGCACGCCCGCGAGCACCACGCGCUUGCCCUCGCCGCAUCUGCUCGCGCUGCUAAAGCUGCGGCCGCGUCGCAGAUCAUGUACGUGCCCAUCCCGGUCGCAGUUGCAGUCCCGGUCUCUACGCACAACUGCAUCAGCCCACCGUCGCAUCACGCCCGUGCCGCAUCGGUCGGUCUCUCCGCCUCGCCCAAGGCCACUUCGUCGCACUCGUCGUCGACGCGCGCCGUCUCGGUCGAGCCCAAGAUGUUCCCUGUUCCCGCUCAGGCCUGCGUCUCCCCCAAGGCCCGCGCACGAUCAAGCUCAAGCUCGAGCUCCGGGUACGAGGCUUGGAAGCCGGCCUCGCUCCGCGGCAAGACCAAGGCUCAGCUCGACGAGUUUGAACGCUCGCAGUACAAAAAGUACCGCAAGAAGCGGCUCUCGCCUGCCGAGUACGCCGUCCGCAAGGCCAAGUACUGGCGCCACAAGCACAAAGUCACCACCGAAGCCAUCGAUCUUGCCAGGCCCUCGUUCAACCCCCGCCGCCGCCGCCGCAGGAUGCGCCGCAAGACCGUAGCCUCCACUUCAGCCGUCCACUUGACUACCGAGUCGACAACGUCGUCGUCAGAUUCGCUCUCGUCGCGUGCCUCGCUGCCCGAAGCCACCCAAAGCAUGCUCGACGAACUAGCCUCGUCUGGCCAGGCCUCGAUCGAUGGCCCGUCGCGGCUCUCGUCAUCAGUCGGCACUGUGCUUGACAGCCUCGACGACAACGCCCCGCUCCUGCUCAACGUGAACCAAGUCAAGCAGCUGACCAAGAGUGAGCUCGUCACUUUCAUCCACCUCGCCGCCCGCCAAGUGGCGCAAGCGCGCUCGCGAAUCGCCUCCAUGUACGUCGACGACAACGGUGCGCCGCAGGCCUGGGUCCCGGUCAACCUGCGCGGCAAGCGCCUCCGCGAUAUGACCCGCGAGGAGCAGCUCGAGUUUGCGCGCGCCCGCGAGACCGGCAUGGACACGCGCGACUUUGCCCUGCUCAAGCGCCUCUACCUCUUCUCCCGCAGCAUCAUCAGGCUCGCUGGCGUUGCCGAGCAGCAGCUGAAGAACUACCUUGCUCUCGAGGCGCAGACGUUGUCGUCAACAUUGGCCUCGGAGGCCUCGGAAGUCUCGUCGGCCUCGUCGGAAGCCUCGUCCGCAUCGUCGCGCUGGACUUCCGACUCGGACCUGCGCGCCGCCGCCUACCUCGUCGAGCACGACGAGGCCUCGUCAGAGCUGUCGGCCGGUUCCCACUCGUCGGUCACCUUUUCCGCCACCACAGCCUCACUCAACCUCUCGUCGACCGCCAUGCUCUCCUCACUCUCGCUCAACUCGGUCUCGUUGCCCCACGUCGCAGCACUCGCCCAUCAGCUCUCUGUCUGCGAUGACGAGUCGCUCGGCGCGUCCAUCAGCCUCGCCGAGAACGACGCUUUCUCCACCGACUCGGACAGUGACUCGCCGGCCUCCAUGGCUGGUCUCACCCACGCGUUUUCCCGCCUCAACACUGUCUACGAAGAGAGCGACGAUCGCGGCGUCGAAGACGACUCGUUGGCCGCCUUGUUCACCAUUGUCGAAGAGGAGACCAGCGAUGGCGGCGCCAGCAGCGAGAGCACCAACGAGCUGAAUAGUCCCGGCCAUGCCGACCGCCCUGACGGCUCCACCAGUCAACGCAGCAACCAUCACGCUUGCUCCUCGUCCUCAUCCGCCUCGUCGUACUCGUCUUCGUCCGCCGUCGUCUACUCGUCUACUUCCGACUCGCACCGCGCCGCCUCAUCUGCUGCUGGCGGCUCACUGUAAAGCAAUCACACCGCCUCUA